GGCGGCAAUGAUCUCAAAACUAAUAACUAUCGUACCAAUUCAUCCUCUGGCUUGUCCUUCUUGUCGUUUUUAUUCUUAGCAGCUUUGGUUUCGUUUGCUUGAUCCUUUUCGGAUAGUUCGGGAUCUUUUGCUGGAGCUGUUGUUUUAACGUCUUCCUUCGCCAUCGUUCUAAGAGCUGUUGCGUAAAGAGUUAUGGGGAGUCCGUCAGUCAACUGGUUUGCGCGAGUGAAUUGAGGACGCGCAACCUGUGAGAGCAGUGAAAGAUGACGUAGGCAUGUGACGGCUCUUUUCAUGCUUGAUCAAGUCAUGGCUGAGUUCAGCUGAGUUGAAUGCACGAGGAAGAGACUUAGAUAUACCAUGGAAGCUGACGAUACCGGUGGCCAACGACAGCCACCCGCAGAACGGAACAUCUUAACAGAAGCAGUUACUGAUAAAAAAGAGCUCAAGGAUAUUAUAAGCGCAAAGAAAGAGAAAGAUGCUACCAAAGUCAUUGUACAAUUCCGAGCUAUAGGGAAUGCUCCAAUUUUGAAACAAAAGCUUUUCAAGAUAACGGCAUCUCAAAAAUUUCAAGCUGUCAACCUGUUUUUACGAAGAGAACUGAAUUAUGCUCCGUCCGAGGCUUUGUUCCUCUAUAUUAAUAGUGCAUUCGCUCCAGCCCCAGAUGAGAUAAUAUCGAAUCUAUACAAGAGUUUCGGAACUGAAGGAUUUUUGGUUGUGAACUACUGCACAACGGCUGCUUGGGGUUAAGCAUCGACCAAAUAGACGUAAUAGUGGGGUGUGGUACAUGCCACAUGGAAUUAUACAAGGAAAACUAUGAAAAGGAAUGGCCCCGCCAAAAGCCACUCCUACUCCUUGUCACUUCAGGAUGUGUAUCUCCUUCUUCCUUAUUAUGUAAAUCGGCUUGAUAGUUGUUCAAAGAGCUCCUUGAUUUCUCCCAUUCGGAUGAUGAAUAUGUUGUAGGAGAUGAAAUACUAAAAGAUUGUACACUAGAUGACGAUGUUCUUGCUGAUGAAGAGGUAUAUGAUUCUCGAAGUGGUAGUGGAGGUAGCGGCUCACGAGGAGGUGGCGUAGCAGGAGGUAUG